AUGACGAGCCGUUUGAGUUUCGAUGCCAAGAACGUCAAAAGUCCCAAUUUCGAAGCUGGCGUGGUGAAGAUUUUGGCUGGCAAGGAAGCGACGUUAACAGCUGCCGAGAAGAAGUGCGUGGUGCCAUUGCUGCGUCCGUGCUGCGGCGAUCCAACUACAAGCUCAGCUGCUUUGUCGCUGGUCGAACGCGCGAAGAAGCGACGGAAGACUGGCGAAUCUUUGUACAUUGAUUGCCGAUUCUUGUGCCCAACGUCAAACCUUUGUGAACGAUUCUUUUCGUCAGCCAAGUUUGCCCAGACCGACUGCCGCAAAAGCAUGUUGCCUCAAAACUUUGAAGCCCAAAUGCUGUUGUACUUCAACAUGGACCUCUGGGGUGUGAAUGACGUUGUUGUGGCAAUGAACGGAGACACUGAAACUGAGUAG